GUCAGCUGAUUCUCCGUUCACCUGUUUGAAGAUGAAGCGCUCAAACGCACAUGAACGCGUGUCGCGCAGGUUAAACGCACGCUGUCUCUAGUGUUCACGACUGCAGGUAAUAUGGUGGCGAUUAGAGGUUUAAGCCAAAGCUUCUCUCGGCUGGCCAGAGGAGCAUCUUUACAGAUAAAAUUCAGCAAGAGUCGCGUGUUCAAGAUGCGCUCGAACUCGUACCAGACCCAGGCGGUUUCUGAUGGGGAGCUCAACUUCAAGUUAUCCAGUCGUGGCAGCAGCUCCAGCCUAUCAGAGAGCUCGAGCGGGUCAGGUGGUCCUCAAUGUGCUGAUGGUCCAGCCAGUCGGGUGGUCAGCUGGGCGGUGUGUUUCGAACGCCUGCUUGAAGACCAUGUCGGUGUGCGAUACUUCACCGAGUUUCUCAAAUCAGAGGUGAGUGCUGAGAAUAUCCUGUUCUACCAAGACUGUGAAAAGUUCAAGAAAAUCCCACCCACUAGACUGGAAGAGCUGAAGAAAGAGGCGCGUUCCAUCUACGACAAUUUUCUUUCUGAAAGCUCUCUGCAUGCGGUUAAUAUCGACGAUACGGCCCAGAUGGAAGAGAGCGCAUUAGAGACGCCUACACCCGACAUGUUCAAUAAAGCACAGGGACAGAUCUUCAAGCUGAUGAAAAUGGACAGCUACACGAGGUUUGUCCGCUCUCCGCUGUACCAGAACUGCAUGCUGUCUUGUGUGGAGGGUUGUCCUCUUCCCAACAUUGGAACCCCAGAGCCCAAAAGCAAAAUGUCCAAAAAGAGUGUAACGCCACCUAGUAACAGAAAGAGUGUUGAGUUGAAAGUGCCCUCAUCCGACAGCAAGACCAACAGGAAGAAGAGGUUAGAGAAGAGAGGCUCAUGGGGAGCUGACCAGUCAUAUCAGCAUGUGGUGGUGUCUCGUAAAGAGUCUCAGAUCUCCGUGAAGUCUAACAGCAGUCUGGAGUUGGUCUCUGGAUUCGGGCGAGCUGAGGUAUCUACAUCAAUCCAAAUUAAUGUUUUUGCUUUUCAUGAAGGGAAUGCAAAUUUGUGUCUUGUUGAGCUGCUGUCCCGCGCACAGUGCAGUCGUGUGGAGGACCAGCGUGGUUUACUCACCAAAGAGCAGCUGGAAUUACCGCAGUUCCUGCAGCUGCCAGCAGGGAAAGAAGAGCAGACUUCCUGCGACCAGACACAGGAAGAGGAUUGUGCCCUUUGACCUUGAGAACCAUUCAAGCACUAUUCAAGCAACUUAAGACUCAAAUCCGUUAGCUGUAUGGCAGACUGGAGGAGAGAAACUCUGAUAAGGUUACGCAAGUGUGUGUAUGUGAGAGAGAGAGAGAGCGUUGAGGUUUCUUAACCUUGAGAGUGAUUGUGUAAGGUGUAUAUUUUGUAUAUUACAGACACUGCCAUGUAGAGCUCUUAGAAACGCUGCCUGUCAAAUAAUGCAAAAUUAUGGAAAGUUGCCUUAAAAAAAAUCCAACUACAUUUGCCUGCUAAAACAAUUGUAUUUAUUUUCAUAUCAGAUUGUAUUUUGUGCUCUUAUUUAUCAGAACAUAUUUGGUAUGGGAACACAUUAGUAUGACUUUAUAUUAAGUGUUUUUUUGUUCACAGUGAGUUUUAGUGUCUGAUUAAAAAAGGUUUUGUGUGAGCUAUUGUGGGAAACUGCACUGUGUUGCGUGUGAUUUUAGGCACUUUGUUUCGUGUGGUGACACAAUCUGAUAUGAAAUGAGACAAGCAAGGUCAUAUUUAAUUUUUACAUUUAUUUCAAAUUUCCUAAAUUAAAUGUCAUUUCCACUCCAUGUCGUUCCA